AUGCGCGACCCCCUCGCCGCCUUCCUUCGCAGCGGCGGCCAUCCUCACUCUGUCCACGGCGUGACCAUCAAGCUUGGCUGCAUUGCCUCCACCUUCCUCUGCAACAAUCUUCUUCAUGCCUACCUCAGCCGCUCCGUCCCCGCGGACGCCCGCAGGCUGUUCGACGAAAUGCCCCGCCGCAACCUCGUGUCCUGGUCCGUCGUCAUCUCCGGCUCCGCCCGCCACGGCGUCCUCGCGGAUGCGUUCGCGUUGUUCUCCCACAUGCUUCACGGCGCGGGGCAGGGAAGCUGGGACCGCCCGGACUCGUUCACGCUAGGGGCCUUGGUAGCUGGGUGCUCCCGCGCCAGAGACGUCGACGCUGGCGUGCAGGUGCACGCUUGUGCGGCCAAGUUCGGCGUCGACGAGGAUGAGAGCGUCGCGGCGGCGUUGGUGGACAUGUACGCCAAGUGCGGGUGGGUGGACUCGUCGUGGCGGGCCUUCACGCUCGCACCGCAGCGGAGCGUCCUGAGUUGGACGAGCAUGAUUGCCUGUCUGGUCAACCAAGGUUCGUCAGGUUACUAUGACGCAGCAAUUCUGCUGUUCAAGAAAAUGCUGGCAUUAAAAGUUUGGCCUACCAAUGCGACGUUUUCUUGCAUCCUGAAAGUGUUCGAUACGCCUGAGUUGCUAUCCGUUGGAAUGCAAAUUCAUGGCUGCUUGCUGAAGAUGGGGACUGAGGUUGACACUGCUUUGGGGAGUGCCUUGAUGACGAUGUAUGGCAGAUGUGGCGGAGUUGAUGAGAUAGCUAGGUUGGCUUGUCGUAUAAGGCAUGAUGUGUUUUCAUGGACUUCCCUGCUUGGAGCUUAUGCUCGUAAUGGAUACAAUGCAGAGGCAAUUGGUGUUUUCAAGGAGAUGAUCUUGACAAAUAUGGCAAUUGACCAGUCAGCUAUGACUUGUCUGCUGCAGGUUUGUUCAUCUGUUGGACAACUGAGAAUGGUUCGGGAGGUACAUUGUUAUGCUUUAAAAACCUUCUUCAAGUUGGAUACUUUACUACUGAAUGCUACCAUCACUGUUUAUGGCAGAUGUGGUGAUACCACUAGUGCUGAAACUGUAUUUAAUCUAGUGGAGGAAAAGGACAUCAUAUCAUGGACGGCAUUGUUAACUUGCUACGCUCAGAAUGGUCUUGAUGAAGAGGUACUCUUGUUCUUUAGGGAAAUGCUCCGGAGAGGGUUAGGGUCUCCAGUAUUUUGCAUGACUAGUGUGCUACGAGCCUGUUCUAGCACCUCAAAUCUUGCUGUUGGAUUGCAAAUCCAUUCAAGGACUGUGAAGCUAGGUAUUGAUGAUGAUAAUUCUGUAGAGAAUGCACUCGUAACCUUUUAUGCUAAUUGUGGAAGUGUUCAGGUUGCCUUGAAGAUAUUUAACUCAAUGAGUAAUAGAGACAUCGUCACUUGGAAUGCAUUACUCACAAGUUUUUCACAGCAUGGCAAUGAGGUGGCAGCCAUUCAGCUUUUUGAUCUGAUGCAAGAAGAUGAGGUCUGCCCAGAUGAUUAUACUUUUGUUGGCCUGCUAUCAUCUUGCAGCCGAAUGGGCCUUGUAAAAGAGGGCUGUGAGUACUUCAAUGAAAUGAAGGCAAAAUACAACUUGGAGCCCAAGAUGGUUCAUUAUACCUGCAUGGUUGAUCUACUUGCCCGUGCUGGAAGAUUUUGUGAUGCAAUGGACUUCAUUGAUGCAAUGCCUUAUGAACCAGACCAAAUAUUGUGGGAAGCUUUGCUAGCUUCAUGUAAGGUUCACGGAAAUUUGGGGUUAGGAAGAAUAGCAGCUAAGAAGAUUCUGGAAAUUACACCACAUGAUUAUUCAGCAUACAUUACAUUAUCAAGCAUUCAUGCUUCAGUUGACAUGUGGGAUGAGAAAUGCUGGAAUCGCACUGUAUUCGAUACCCAGCAAGCAAGAAAGGAUACUGGAAGGAGUUGGAUUGAUGCACAAGAAUUAUCAGAGAAUAUAUUCAAUGCAUUACAAAUUGGAGUGACGUAA